UGGGAUGAGGCAAAUGGCAAUGUCGGGCCUGCGAUGGGGGUCGCGGCUGACCUCUUCCCCUCUGACUCAGUACUUCCCUUCCUUCGAACUACAGAGGCUCAACCUGGACCCGAUUCAUUUCCCCAAAUCCCCUAUCCGCUUUUCCAGCAUUAAACUCUUCCUUCGACACUCCUCUGCACCUGCCCAAGUUCCAGCUUCUCAUGGAACCUCCAAUGCUGAGGUGCAGCCCUACUUGCGCUGUUCCAUGCCGCACAAGCGUCUCAGAGUUGCUGUUCUUCUCAGCGGCGGCGUUGACAGCAGCGUUGCUCUCCGUUUACUCCACGCUGCUGGCCAUUCCUGCACUGCUUUCUACCUCAAGAUAUGGUUCCAAGAAGACUUUGAAAACUUUUGGUCAGAAUGCCCAUGGGAAGAGGAUUUAAAGUAUGCCAGAGCAGUUUGCAAUCAGGUUGAUGUACCAUUAGAAGUCGUGCAUUUGACAGAUGAAUACUGGAAACAUGUGGUUUCUCACAUUAUUGAAGAGUAUCGUUGUGGCCGUACACCUAAUCCAGAUGUUCUCUGCAAUUCCAGAAUAAAGUUUGGUGCAUUCAUGGAUGCAAUCAGCAAUAUGGGGUUUGACUAUGUUUCCUCUGGACAUUAUGCAAAUGUUGUCCAUCCACCUGCAGAUCAAAUGGAUAAGCCUUGUGUUCUGGAACUAUCACAAGACGUGAUCAAGGAUCAAACAUACUUCCUUUCGCACCUAUCCCAGUCCCAGCUGAAGCGACUUAUUUUUCCUCUUGGUUGUAUUUCCAAGGAUGAAGUCCGCAGACUUGCUGCCAAAUUUGAUCUGCCAAAUAAGGAUAGAAGGGAUUCACAAGGAAUAUGCUUCCUGGGCAAGAUAAAGUUCAGUGAAUUUGUUGCAAGACACAUUGGAGAGAGAGAAGGCAUCAUUCUGGAAGCUGAAACUGGAGAUUUCCUUGGCAAACAUCGAGGCUUUUGGUUUCAUACGAUUGGUCAACGCCAGGGUCUACGCCUACCUGGAGGCCCCUGGUACGUUGUUGAGAAGGAUGUAAAAAACAAUGUAAUUUUUGUGUCAAGAAAUUACUUCUCCUUGGACAAAAGAAGGCGCCUAUUUCGUGUUGGUUCUUUGAAGUGGCUUAGUGGACUACCUCCAAGCCGGACGAGUCAGCUCCAGUGCAAGGUAAGACACGGUCCGGGCUUCUAUAAUUGCAGUUUACAAUGGGAAGGAGAUGGAGAUGGGAGAAAAGACACUGCGGUAGUCCACUUGGGCGAUGAUGAUCAAGGUCUGGCAGCUGGGCAGUUUGCAGCAUUCUAUGAAGGAACUACUUGCAUAGGAUCUGGCGUGAUAUUGGAGUCAUGGGAUGAUCGAGGUUUUCCUGUUUGUACAAAGGCUUUAGAAAUUGCGAGAAUGGAAGAUAAAUCAAAGCUAGGAAAUCCAGUCAAGAUCAAAUUUCAUUCAGAUAGCCCACAAGUGGCGCAUAAUUCCGCAAGCAUUACCCGUCUUCAUGAAACGGUAGGACAUUCUGAGGUCACUGCCACUGAGCAAACAAGUGGGAAUUGAAAAGGACGGCCACCAUGGGUAUAGAUAUUUUGAUUUUGAGAGUUCAAGAAUUUUCAUUUGCAUGUUCUGGCAAAUAUUUUGUGAGGGUGCAUGCCGGUGCAUGAUGAUUUUGUAUUGGGAGAGCACAUAUUCUAUGUAGAGCCUGUAGGUAUUUUGUAUAGCUAGUCCCAAAUAAUGUCGUAUGUUGUCCUUUUAACAAUUCAAUUCAUUUGAUUGGGAGGAUCGAUAAAAAC